CCGUGCUGGAGUCCCGUUCUUGGUCCGCACUCACACUGCAUACUAUGAAACUGUACCCAGGCAUGGCUGAGCUGCUGUGCUCUUGAAUCUUUAGGCGCAAUCAUAAACUCAACCAUACACCUUGUACAGGAGUCCACCUCCUCAAGCGGACCCGGUCAUGGAUAAGCAUACUGUGCCCGGGUACGGUAAGAAGUGAUCAUACUGGUCAAAUGAACCGGACUUUGGGAGUCAAACGUACUUGGACACAGUAUGGAUGGCAACGUGCAUCGACAGAAUGUCGGAAACCGAGCCAGCUCGCCUACAUUCAAUUACUUGAUUCUUCAGUCUUCAACGUGAUCGACACAUUGGCUGUACGGCUUUCGGCAUAGCUUCGUGCUAGUGACUGUUAACAGCGUGAUCGAGGAGAACUUGCGAUUUGAAGCGCAGGAGGAGGCAGGGCCAAGCUAACGCGCAAAGAUACCUGGCGCUUCUGGAAGAGGGAAAUGCAGCGUUUGACAGUGGUGAAGUUGUGCGUUUCCGGGCAGUAGUGCUGCGUGAGGGCAUUUCGACGUGCUCCCCGGUUUUCAUGAUGCCCACGCAUACACGCGACCUCUCUACAGAUCUGUCAAGACGCACUUUAGGAAGUGGACUCCACGACUGAGGCUCAUACGAGGAUGCAAAGCCUGAGAGACGUCUGUGCUGCGCUUUAAACUUGCAGAACUUGCGAUUUUGGCUGGACUUCAGCAAGCUCACCAGUGCAGAACAAAAUCAAUAUUUUGCUUGACGUAGGCUUUGGAUUCCAAAACAAACGCAAUUAACAUUCGUUGCUUUCUGCGCAUAUAGCAUUCUUCGUGCGCCGACACAACAUUUGCGACACACUACGGCGAACAGCAUGUCAGUGUGCCAACAGUUUGUCAAAAAACUGUUUGGUUGAUAACAUUAUACCACGCAGCAUCUGAACCAUCUGCACUCGGCUUUAAUGGACGAGACGCGCACAGCUUGGCCAGAUGCAUGCAUACGUAUGUGCGUUUGGAUGAAGAAGGGGGGCUUUAGAAUGCAAUCUCUGAAAUGGUAAAUAACGAUUCCCGAACACUACAAUGCAUCGAAUUCUGCAGCGAAGAAAAAUACGCAAACUUCGGUUUGUAUGGGCAUCCAUGGCCGUGUUUGCAUUGGUGCUGGCUUUGUGCAGUGCCCUGUUUACAGUCUGGACAUGGCGACAAACUAGGGACCUGUCCGUAUCUUUCACAACUCUGCAAGAGCGCCUGGAGCAAGUGAACAGCCAGCGCCGAGAAAUUGUUCAACUCAUCCUGGAGAAGAGGGAGAUUCUGCAGGGCCAGAGGCUUAAGAGAGAAGCGGGGACAGGAAAGGGGAAAAAUGGAGGCUUAAGAAAAGUGGCGUCCCAUUUUGAGAUUACCAAGACGUCCUUUCAGAACGUGGGCACUGAGGGUUUCAUCAAAGGAUGGGUGGAAGAAUCACUCAACAUGAGCAAGGCCGUGACCUACAGGGCUGACACGGGCACCUUCAGAGUGGAGCGCACGGGUGUCUACUUCCUCUACUGUCAGGUGCACUUCAAUGAGAACCAGAGCCAGUAUGUGAAGCUGGAGGUGUCCGUGACCAGUGGCCCGUCCCUGCAGUGCAUCGAGGGCUACGGGACCACCCCGUCCUCUGGCUCUCACAUGUUCCACUUCCUGAAGCCAUGCCAGGUGUCGGGCCUGCUGAGGCUCACCAAGGGUGCCGAGCUCCGGGCCAAAACGGCCCCUAACCUCAUCCUGAAGAACAACGGCAAGCACUACUUCGGGCUGUUCAAGAUCAACUGAACUGGGGGGUGACAUUUGACAGUGAUCGUCCCCCCCAAAGAUCAACUGAGAGACAGAAAAAAAAGACAGAAAGUGAUGGUGCAAGCCCUUGUCCUGUGUCUUAGAAGACAUUAACCUUCAAACUCUUAUGCACUUACGUCUGGAUUUCAACUCCUGGAGAAGCAGGGGAUGCUUUUGUUGGGGGAAAAAUAACUCUUCCUGGUUGACUGAGUGAAAAGGCAUAGCAGACAGUCUCCCGUUUAGACAUCUGCCUCCUAAGUCUCGCCAAAGUCUCUGUGCACUGUCUGCCUCUCUUUUUUUUUGAUUUUCUAGUUUUCCUGCCGAGGCAGUUCCUUUUCUGGUCGGAGAGAUUCUCUCUUAAGCAGCGGCCUUCUCCUUCACCCGUAAGCCUCUAAACAUACGAUAAUGAGCGAGGAGAUUCAG